AUGGAGCGGCCUGGGGUGGAAUGGACAGUCAUUGUCCUGACUUGCCAGUACAAAGACAGCGUCUACGCCUUCCAGAGAGAGCUGGAGGUGCGGCAGAAGCGGGCAGCUGUGCCCCCAGGCACUCUGCUCCUCACAGUGGAGGACCCGGAUGCCCGUGUGGGCAGUGGGGGGGCCACGCUCAAUGCCCUCCUCGUGGCUGCAGAGCACCUGAGUGCCCGGGCUGGCUACACGGUGGUCACGUCAGAUGUGCUGCACAAGGCCCGGAUCCUCAUUCUGCACACAGGCCGGGAUUUCCCCUUUGAUGACUGUGGUCGAGCCUUCAUCUGCCUCCCCAUGGAAGACCUGGAAGGCCCCGUAGAAGCCCCUAUAUGCAACCUUGAUAAUCUCUUGGAGACUAUGACCUACAAGAUUUGCUGGGGAUCCCCGCCCGGGGUGUGGGUUUGCAGCACUGACAUGCUCCUCUCUGUUCCAUCAGACCCAGGGAUCAACUGGGAUGGAUUCCAAGGAGCCAGAGUCAUCUCUCUGCCUGGGAGUGUCGCUUACGCCCGGGAUCAUGGCGUUUACCUCACCGGCCCACAGGAUAUUGUCUACGAUAUUUUUUACCGCGGCACGGAGGCCCAGAUACAGCAGUGUGCGAGGCCUGAUGGGAGAGUACCGCUGGUUUCCGGGAUAGUCUUCUUCUCCGUGGAUACUGCCGAGCGGCUCCUGGCCACCCACGUAAUGCCCCCCCUGGAUGCCUGCACCUACAUGGGCCUGGAUUCCGGGGCCCGCCCCAUCCAGUUGUCCCUGUUCUUUGACAUCCUGCUGUGCAUGGCGCAGGGAGUGAGCUAUGAGAGCUUUCUGUCCGGGUGGCCGCCCGAAGUGGGCCAGGGUGACAGCAAGCUGACAGGCAGCAUGCAGAGUGCCCGAGCAGCUCUCUGGAAGGAGCUCCGUGGGCAGCCCCUCUCACUCGCUUACAUACCCGAUGGUUGCUAUGAUUACAUGACCACCUCUGCCAGAGACCACCUCCGCAACCUGACCCGCCCUCCGUGUGCCCCGCUGGUGUACUCUCAGGUGGAGGAGCCCCAGCUUUUAGAAGAUGGCAGCUCUGUGGCCAACAGCCUGCUGGAGGGAGACGUUUGCCUCGGUCCUGGAAGUGCCGUUCAAAAUUGUCAUCUACAGGGUCCCAUCCGGAUUGGUCCCGGCUGCCUCCUGACAGGACUGGACAUGGCCUCAUCCCAAGCCCUCCGUGGCUCCGUGCUGCAGGACCUCGUCCUCCAGGGACACCACGUCCGGCUGCAGAAUGCCUCAGUCCGCAUGUUUACUCUGACCGGACUUCAGGAUGAGUGGCAGAGCCCGGCCUUGGAAACCGGCACUUACCUCAAUGUGCCCUGGCCUGAGUUCUUCCGCCGGACAGGCAUCCGGGAAGGAGACCUCUGGGACCCAGACACCCCCGCCGCCCAGCGCUGCCUGCUCAAUGCUCGGCUCUUCCCGGUGCUGCACGUCUUCCGGCCCGUGGGCCCCCAGGAUGUGCUGUGGCUGCUGGGCCCCGGGGAGGCCAGUCGGCUUCGGGUCUGGAGGGCCACUUGGCGCAUGUCGUGGGAGCAGCUGCUGCCCCACCUGGACCGGGCUGCGACGCUGGGCUCCCGUCGGGCCCUCUUCUUCCGCCGGGCCCAGGCCAAGGUGCGGAAGGUGCUGGAGGAGCGGCGGGACUGCAGCCUUCUGCCCCUGAUCCGAGCCGCGGCCCACGAGGAGCACCACGACCUCCUGCUGACAACGCUGGAUCAGGUGGCCGCCCAAACUGAGGACGCCGGAGUGGCGGCCCGGGCGCUGGCCUGCGUGGCUGACGUGCUGGGCUGCCUGGCCCAGGGAAAAGGGGGUCUGCGGAGCGGUCCGGCAGCCAACCAGGACUGGGGCUUGGCCUUCCAUCGCCUGGAGAGCGGGGAUGUGGCUGGAGGCGUCCAGGAGCUCGCCCGUGAGAGGGACAAGUGGCUGAGCAGGCCGGACCUGCUGGUGAGAGCUGCCCGGCACUAUGAGGGGGCUGAGCAGAUCCUGAUCCGCCAAGCCGUGAUGUCUUCCUGCCGCUUCGUGGCCACAAACCCGGUGGACCCCCCACCCCCUGGGCACUGGAUCCUGGUAGAAUGCCCCGCCCGAGUGGACCUCUCCGGUGGCUGGAGCGACACCCCUCCCAUCACCUACGAGCAUGGGGGGGCCGUGGUGGAUCUGGCCAUCCUGGUGGAUGGGCGUCGGCCCAUUGGUGCCCGGGCACGCCGGAUCGCCCAGCCGGAGCUGCGGCUGACGGCGGGGAGCCGGAAGGACGAGGUGGCCAUGAAGUUGGUGUGCAGGAGCCUGGAGGACCUGCGGGAUCACUGCCAGCCCCAUGCUCCGGGGGCCCUGCUGAAAGCAGCUUUCAUCUGUGCCCAAAUUGUGCGCCUCCCCUCAGCAACGCCCUUGUCGGAUCAGCUCCGCCACGGCUUUGGAGGUGGAUUUGAACUACACACCUGGUCUGACCUGCCUCAUGGUUCAGGUCUCGGCACAAGCAGCAUCUUGGCAGGUGCCGUGCUGGCGGCCUUGCUAAGGACAGCAGGCAGAACGGUGGGCACUGAAGCCCUGAUCCACGCUGUGCUGCAUCUGGAACAAGUGCUUACCACAGGCGGGGGCUGGCAAGACCAGGUGGGCGGUCUGGUGCCGGGCAUCAAGAUUGGGCGCUCACGGGCCCAGCUGCCGCUGAAGGUGGAGGUGGAAGAGAUCGAGGUGCCCACCGGCUUCAUCCAGACACUCAACGACCACCUGCUUCUGGUCUAUACGGGCAAGACCCGGCUGGCCCGCAACCUCCUGCAGGAUGUGCUCAGAAACUGGUAUGCCCGUCUGCCCUCUGUGGUGCAGAAUGCCCAUGCCCUGGUGAGCAACGCUGAGGACUGUGCCCACGCCUUUCGCCAAGGUAGCCUGCCUCUUCUGGGUGAGUGUCUGAACCGCUACUGGGAGCAGAAGAAGCUCAUGGCCCCCGGCUGUGAGCCGCUGGCUGUUCGGCGCAUGAUGGAUGUCCUGAGGCCCCAUGUCUUUGGGCAGAGCCUGGCCGGGGCUGGGGGAGGAGGCUUUCUCUACAUCCUGACCAAAGCUCCACGGCAGAAAGAGACCCUGGAGCGACUGCUGGCCAAGACAGAGGGUCUGGGAAAUUACAGCAUUCAUCUGGUGGAGGUGGACACUCAAGGGUUGUGCAUUCAGCUGCAGGAGAGUGAACUGUCCCAGGCCUCAACCUGAUGGACUCCUGGGCCCUUCUCCGGCUGCACCUGGUCCAAGACACAGCAAGGGACGAGCCACUGCUUCUUCAGGGGAGCUGGCCUAGACACAUUCAGCAUUCCAAAGAAAUUCACUGACCGCUUCCCAUCUCUGCACUCCAGGACACGACACAGGAGGUUGCCCUACUGGCGAGAGGGGAGGCACGUUGAAGGCCCAAGGGCUGGCCCACGUUUGAGAACUGUGUCCUUAAACCCUGAAGCCAACUCUAUUGGAGUAGCAGAAGUUAGAUGGCCACCAUCCUGUUUCUCUCUAGUUGGCUUUCCUGAGGCUACCUAGGCCAAGGCUCAGUGAGGAAGUGUAUCACCUUCUGGGGGGCCAGGGGCUUCUAGAGGAGGAGUUGCUCUCCCAUGCCCUAGCCCAGACCCCACUGUUCUUCACUUGCAGGCGUCACCCUCAAGAAAUCUCAAACUGGUUGGAAAUCCCAGCUCCCCACAACAGCUCGGAGUUUCUCGGUUGUCAGAACUGCCUAAGAGCCCCAUUUUCCUAGGCCAGUUGAGGGAUGUGAUUAGUCCCUACAAACCACUGUGGGAGAGAAUGGCUGCGGAUUUGGGUAAAUCCUUGACUAGUCCCUAAUCUCAGCUAGGAAAGAACUUUCCUCCCAAGACAUCUCCCUUCUGCCCCGCAACCACCACCCCACUUCCAAAAGUUGUCCGGUGCCUGAGAAACUGAGCUGUUGUGGGAAAGCUUGGGCUUUAGCAGCACAAGGCCCAAUUUAACUCAGCAACUCUCCACACAUUUACUCCCAUUCCUAUAAAGCAACUCCUGCUGCUACCUUUUCUCCAUGGAAAGGUGGUUUACCAAACCCUGCUUUUAAAAUGUUUCCCCCCCAGUUACAGUUGACUUUGCCAAAUUGCCUUGGUGCUGAAUAGGAUGUACAGUGGUACAGACGUUCAUGGUCAGCUGGGCCCUGCUUUGGGUAAUGUGGUGGACACCAGGCCUCCCUUAGCUGCUCGUGCUUUUUCUGCUCUUAUUGCCAUUCCACAGCAGACAGGGAGUACUCUUUCCAACGUCCUCCCUCUCCCAUAUUGGUGGAACAGCAUCAAGAAGCUCGUACACAAGGGCUCCUCUAGAACUGGCCCCUUUUAGGAAAAUGUCCCUGUUCUCUGGCUUGGACAAGAAAGAACUGAUGACCACCCAGCACUGAGUCACUGAAGAUCCUCUAAACUGUAAGCUCGUCAUGGGCAGGGACUGUUUCUGUUAACACUUACUACAGUGCUCUACAUUGACCGAUUGAUAAGCCAGAGCUGGUUAACAGCUUCUGACUCCAGCUGAUGGCAGAAUUUGUGCUAGGUGCCCUCAAGGGUUUUAGAAGGGACAGCUACCAGACACUGCCACUCUCACCAUCUUUCGCAGGGCUGUGAUUUCCUCUGAAUAAAAUCCAGUUCCUUUUAGAA